AUGCACUCGGUUUUGGCCAUUCCAGCAGUCAAUGGCUGCCGAUGCGACGCCCGACUUGGUUUCGGCCAGAUAUGCGGUCACCGGCUGUCCACCGACUCAGUGGACGGAUGUAAAGCCAACUCGUUGUACGCGUGCGACCAAAACACACCCAAUGGUUGGGCGAAUGAAUCCGGUGCCCACAAUCAACAUGCGCUCAAUUUACCCCAUUGUGGUCUAACGACCGUAAACUCGGCGCCGACGGGCGGUGACGACCAUCCCUGGGUCGCCACGUUCUACAGGCGAUCCAUGGGAGCCAAUCAGGGAGUCGAGCAGUUUUGCGCCGGAGUUAUCAUCACUGAUCGGCUCAUACUGUCGGCCGCUCACUGUUUUCAACGGCGAAAACUGCUUGACUUCCGAAUGAUGAUCGGAUCCCAAGAAGUGACUCUCUCGACGAAAGGCACAAUUGUGUUGAAACCGGAGUCGGUGUCAUUCCCGGGACUCAUCAGCAAACGAUGGAUCAAACUGCACGACCAGUACUCCAACAGCACUCACGUCAACGAUAUCGCACUCAUACGCACCUCUCAGGCCAUAUCGUUUCAAAUAAAAAACGGCUCUUUCACUGUCAACAGCGCGUGUCUGCCCGCCGCACACCACGAGCCCAAAGGCCAUGUCAUCUCCGCCGGCAGGAGUUAUCAGCCGUCGGGAGUGACCACAACCACCACAACACGCGCUCCGCGUGCGAGACGUCGCUUCAGAUCUCUGGAAGAGGAAGGGGUCGUGAAGCUGAAAAUGAUGACCAGUUCUGUGAUCAACGCCAACGAUUGCAAACGUGUGGCCAAUGAGACUCGUUAUAAGGAUUUGGACGGCGGUUACGAAAUACACAACAUUCUCAUCUCAGAGACCAGGUUUUGCGUCAUGUCUAGUGUGGCGCCCGGACUGGCCAUUGGUGGCGCCGGCUAUAAUGGACCCGCCUAUGGCGACUCGGGAACGGCAUAUAUCCAGUACGUGAAGAAUAGGGCACAUGUGGUCGGUUUGGUCAGCUAUUUCGACCCAGAAAUGAAGAACCCGACCACACAAGUGACCAAAGUGUCCAAAUUCCUGGAUUGGAUCUCCGAAUCGGCCCAAUUGAACCUGGAUGCUGUUGUGUUUUAA